GGGCGCGCUCACCUGGGCGCCGCUCCAUGGGCUCCGCCGUCGCGCACGGCGGGGGCGCGGCACUGCGAGGCGGCCGCCGGAGCUGCUGCGGGGCAGAGCCCAGGUGACCAUGCGGGGGAUCCGGGCUCGGCCGCCGCGCGCUUCGGGGAGCAGGUAGCACGCCAGGUGCACGGCGGAACAUGGACUGUCUCCUGCUGGUCGUCUGGACUUUACCUGCCGCGAUUCUCAGCGGCAGCUCCAUGCAGUUCCCGACCUUCCUGUGGCUUGGAAACGCUGUAAAGGCAGACCCUGCAGCUGUGCUGCCUCUGUUGCAUGUCUCAUGCAGCAAGUUUAACCAGUGACAGCAUCAGUAGCAGUGAAUUAAACCAUGAUUAUGUCUUUGUGACACCUGUCAAAGUGGAUUCCAGUGGAUUGUACAUUUCACACAAUGUUUUGCACAGUACUAGGAAAAAGAGAUCAACUCACAGUUCAAGGAGUUCCUUGCACUACAAAUUUUCAGCAUUUGGACAGGAGCUUCACUUAGAACUUAAGCCUUCAACCAUUUUAAGCAACAGUUUUAUUGUCCAGGUACUUGGGAAAGAUGGAGUCUCAAAUUCUCAGGAACAUGAAAUUGAGCAGUGUUUCUACCAGGGAUUUAUAAGGAACGAUAGUACCUCGUCAGUAGCAAUAUCUACAUGUGUAGGCUUGUCAGGUUUGAUAAGGACACGGAAGAUCGAAUUCCUUAUAUCUCCAUUACCUCAGCAGCUAGCACAGGAGCACAACUACACAUCACCUGCUGGACAUCAUCCUCAUGUCUUAUAUAAACGAACAGCAGAAGAAAAGGUGCACCGGUACACAGUAGAGUCCAAUCCCAAAUCCUUUUCUCUUGGCCAUCAUAGAACUCAUAUUUACCACAAGUAUCAUGCUCAAGCGAAUGGUUACCACCAUGGAAGGUUUCAAAAGCAACAUUUUUGUGGACGUCGCAAGAAAUAUGCACCUAAGCCACCCACAGAAGAGACAUAUAUUCGUUCAGAUGAAUAUGGAACUUCUGCUAGGUUCAGGAGAUCAUCUGCUAAAAUUCAGAAAAAUGGAAGUCUAAAUGUUGAAACUCUUGUUGUGGCAGAUAAAAAAAUGGUGGAGAAACAUGGCAAGGAAAAUGUAACAACAUAUAUUUUAACAGUUAUGAACAUGGUUUCUAGCCUGUUUAAAGAUGGAACAAUUGGAAGUGACAUAAACAUUAUUGUUGUGAGCCUCCUUCUUUUGGAACAAGAGCCUAGUGGAUUACUGAUUAACCACCAUGCAGACCAGUCACUGAAUAGCUUUUGUCAAUGGCAAUCUGCUCUGGUUGGGAAGAAUGGAAAGCGCCAUGACCAUGCCAUCUUGCUUACAGGUUUUGAUAUCUGCUCUUGGAAAAAUGAGCCCUGUGAUACUUUAGGAUUUGCACCUAUCAGUGGUAUGUGCAGCAAAUACCGUAGUUGUACCAUUAAUGAAGAUACAGGCCUUGGACUGGCUUUUACAAUUGCUCAUGAAUCUGGACACAACUUUGGUAUGAUUCAUGAUGGGGAAGGAAAUCCUUGUAGAAAAGCUGAGGGAAAUAUUAUGUCUCCCACACUCACAGGAAACAAUGGAGUGUUUUCUUGGUCUGUAUGCAGCAGGCAGUAUCUCAACAAAUUUCUCAGUACAGCUCAAGCUGCCUGCCUGAUUGAUGAACCUAAGCAAACUGGACAGUAUAAAUACCCUGACAAACUGCCAGGACAGAUGUAUGAUGCUGACACCCAAUGUAAAUGGCAAUUUGGAAUGAGAGCAAAAGUGUGCAACCUCAGCUUUGUAAAGGAUAUUUGCAAAUCUCUCUGGUGCCAUAAAGUGGGUCACAGAUGUGAAACAAAAUUCAUGCCAGCAGCAGAAGGAACAGCUUGUGGUAUAAAUAUGGUACCAUUAACUCUGAUGGGAUAUUUUUUGGCAUUCUUUUGGCAGUGGUGUCGAAGAGGACAGUGUGUCAAAUACGGUGAUCAUGGACCCAAGCCUGUAAAUGGCCACUGGUCUGCCUGGUCUGAGUGGUCACAGUGUACUCGGACUUGUGGAGGUGGGGUCACAUAUCAAGAGAGACACUGCAACAAUCCAAAGCCACAGUAUGGUGGCAAAUUCUGCCAAGGUUCUAGUCGUAUUUAUGAACUUUGCAAUCAUCAGCCCUGUCCAGCAAGUAGUUUGGACUUCCGUGCCCAGCAGUGUGCAGAAUACAACAGCAAACCUUUCCGGGGAUGGUACUACAAAUGGAAACCAUAUACUAAAGUGGAAGAGGAAGAUAGAUGUAAAUUGUACUGCACAGCUGAAGACUUUGACUUCUUCUUUGCAAUGUCCAGCAAAGUGAAGGAUGGAACCUUGUGUUCUCUUAAUAAAUAUGAUGUUUGCAUUGAUGGAAUUUGUGAACAAGUAGGGUGUGAUCAUGGACUUGGUUCCAAAGCUGUAUUGGAUGCUUGUGGAGUUUGUAAAGGAGAUAAUUCAACAUGCAAGUUCUUUAAAGGCCAAUACCUGAUCCAGCACAAAGCUAAUGACUACUAUGCUGUGGUCACCAUUCCAGCAGGAGCACGCAGCAUACACCUCCAUGAAAUGCAGAUCUCGAACAGCUAUCUCGCAGUGCGGAAUCUCAGUAAGAAGUAUUAUCUAACAGGAGACUGGACAAUUGACUGGCCAGGAAAGUUUCCUUUUGCUGGAACAGUUUUUGAUUAUCAGCGCUCUUUUAACCAUCCAGAGAGUCUAUAUGCAGCUGGACCAACUAAUGAGACGCUGGUCUUUGAAAUCCUGCUACAAGGCAGAAAUCCUGGGAUUGCUUGGGAAUACACAUUUUCCAAAAUGAACGAGAACAAGACAUCUGUCAAAAAGCACAGCCACUCCUGGGUGACGGUGCAGUCAGAGUGCUCAGCUACCUGUGGUGGGGGACACAUUACAGCAAAAGCAAUUUGUUUGGAAGAUCAUCGUACACGAGUUAAUUCCUCUUUUUGUGGUCCAAGGAUGAAGCCUUUAACUGAAACAAAACUAUGCAAUACUAAUCCUUGCCCAGCACACUGGUCAGCAGGUGAAUGGAGCGCAUGCAGCAAAUCUUGUGGAGGAGGGCAACAAAGUCGUCUCAUCCAGUGUGUCCAGAAAAAGGCUUUCCAAAGAGAGGAGGUAGUGGCCCAUUCCCUGUGUCCUGUUAGCACCCCUACACAAGUGCAGAUAUGCAAUAGCCAAGACUGCCCACCUGAGUGGAGCCCUGGACUGUGGUCUCAGUGCUCCAAGACUUGCGGGAGAGGUGUUAAGAAACGGGACGUCUACUGCACAAGUACUAGUUCACCCAAGCUUAAAAUCUUGCCUGAAAGUAUGUGCAGCCAAGACCAUAAACCUGAAUCCCAGCAGACCUGUGUGCUAGGACGCUGCCCCAAAAAUGACCGGCUCCAGUGGGUGAUUGCUUCCUGGAGUGAGUGCUCAGCCUCCUGUGGCCCAGCUGUACGCAAGCGAGAACUAAAAUGUGGUGAGAAAAGCAUUCAUGGGAAAUUAAUCACCUUUCCUCAGAGAAGAUGUAGAAACAUCAAGAAGCCAAACAUAGACCUGGAAGAAGCUUGUAACAAUGGACCUUGUCCAUCCCAAACUUUGUAUAACAUGGUGUCUGGCUGGUAUUCCUCACCCUGGCAGCAGUGUACUGUAACAUGUGGUGGGGGAGUGCAAACCCGGAGCGUACAAUGCCUACGCCAAGGGAGACCAGCCUCUGGGUGCUUGCCCCAUCAGAAACCAGCAAUCCUGAGAGCCUGCAAUACUAACUUUUGCCCAGACCCUUCAAAAAGAGAUGAUCCUUCUUGUGUGGAUUUCUUCAGCUGGUGUCAUCUGGUACCCCAGCACGGUGUCUGUAACCACAAAUUUUAUGGCAAGCAAUGUUGUAAAUCAUGCACAAAGAAGAACUGAUAGCAGCGUGUUAUCUGAACCCUUCACUGACAAGAUUUUCUUCUUCGAUUUAUGUUGAAAUUAAUUUUGCUUUGAGCCGAGACAUGGUGCCACGUAAACCACUGAUGGAAGAGACAUUUUUUUUCUAAGGGAAUGUCUGAGGUACAGUAAUUGUUGGAUAUAUGUUGAAAAAUGAAUGUUUAUUUUUUUUUAUUUGCUGACCUCACUAAAGUACAGGGUACUAUGGAUCACUUGAACACUGAGACUCGAGGGGCAGUUCUUUCCUUAAAAGUGUCACUUUGCACUGUCACAUGUUAUGAGGAAGAAAAUCAGGCAAGGAGGCCUUUUGUGGCUAAUUUACCAGAAUGCAAGGCAAAAGAGAUUGGGAGCUCAAGGAAUAAGGUUACAACGUGGCAGCAUGACAGAUCACACAAUCAGAAGUGUUUCCUUUUUUAUCUUUUAUGAUAAUAUCAUCCCAGGGUAAGGAAGCUGUUUACUGCCAUUUUCACAGAAAGACUUUCAAAUGACUGUUUGGAGAACCCAGUGUCACAUGUGUGACCAUGAGAAGUAAAUACUGCACUACAAAGAUAUAUGGUGCUUCUCUAUUGUACUUGCUGCUGGAAAAGCAAGUUUUGCAUCAUGCUUGUGUUUUUAUUGUUUUGAAGAAUUCAUUUUCUGCUUCGUGUAGAAACUCAGAGGUGGUUAACUAGUAACUUGAAAUGUAUUCCUAGAAAUAUUCAGCGUUAGAAUAUUUGGACUUUUAACAUUGCUGUGUUACAAAUAAAAUAGAAUUUCAUAUUUCAACUAACUCAAGGAACUCAGAUUUAUUGAGCUCAAUGUUAUGUUUUCAACUUUCUAAACUCAUAAGAUAUGUAAAUUUAAAAUUUAAACUUGAUAUAUUAAAGUAGAUUCUUUUCAGAAGCUAGGUUGUUUAAAUGCCAAGAUACUGAAGAAUGUCUUCCUUUUAAUCUCAAAUCUCUGCAAAUUUUGUUUCAUCAGUUGCCCAAAGGAAAUAACAGGAAUAUUAUAAUCCAUUAAUUCAUGCCAAACUUCUCUAAAUAGUUAUAUUUUCUUACAGGUGAUAAGAAAAAAUUGCAAAUACUAAGCAGACUAUUUUCUCUAACCAAAUAAAAAUCAUUUCUAUUUUUAUACACUCUCUUAAUACUUACAUUUAGUUCAGAAUCCACCAACAAACAAAGCAACUGUGAACAAUAUUUGUCAUCAUUCUGUAUCAAGAUGUUAUGUGACACUGUAUGUCAAAUGGUACAACUUGAAAAGUUUCUGAAUUAAAAAAAUUCAACCCAACGUAUUUGCCAAAACCGUUCUGAGACAGAGCUGUGUUGUACUGUAAUUUUCUGAGGAGUGGCUAUGAGGGACAUAUUUAUCUAAUUCCACCCAAUCCCACAACUUCUUUUGAUGAAUGUAGCUGCAUUUUACUGUUUUUUUAAAGUAUCAAUUCAGCAUAAGAUUAGCCAGCUCAGCACUAAUGCCAGACAGUGGUCAGUUAAAAUUAUCAGUUCCUUUUGCAACAAUUUAAAUUAAAAACAUGUAUUCUAUGAUACUUUUAAGAAAUGAUGAUUGGAAACAUAUCUAAAUCUACAUUGCUCUGUCUUGAUAUUCGACAUUGUAUAAUUAUGAACUCUUUUCUAGGAAAACAACAAGGUUUUUUCUGGUUGUUUUUUUUUUUUUUUUAAUAAUUGUGUCCUUUUUAUUAUUUGAUGUAAAAUAAUUAAUUUAUUAAUGCAUAGCUUUUCCUUUAUAUUUCUUUGCUCAAUUCCUUAAGUGAAAACUGAGAAAAGAAAAUGGCAGUGUCACAAAAUAUGACUUAAGAUGUAAGGAAAAAAAAAAACAAAAAAUAUAAGUGUAUUAUUUAAUUAUUUUAUAAGCUUUGUAAUAAAGUACUUUAACUGUUUCAUUAUAUUUGGAAUUGUAAAAUUCAUGAAUAAAAUAUGGAGGUUAUAAAUAAAUAUCAAGUAAUAUAAGUGGUG